AUGAUGGGCGAGUACCCCAGUGCCGUCUGGUUGCCAGCGAUCGAGAAGUUGCAAGGCGAGAGCCUCACAGCACCCUCUUCAACCAUGUGCCCCGUCCUGGCUUUGCUGGAGAACCUGUCUUCAUGCGCAAUCGUUCAUGCCGAUCUUCGGUACGGCAAUCUCUUCAAGGACCAAUGCAAUCAGCUCCACUUGAUCGACUUCGACUCCCUUGUGCAAGUCGAUCUGGCCCCGAUGUGGGAUGAACUGAUCCAAGACCAUCGGCGAGCUCAACACCCGUUGGCUUGCCUCUUUCUGAAUGCGGAACUGCGUUCAUUCUGCACAUAA